AUGUCCAGUUCCGGCACCGAAGCGUCCAAACCGCGCCAUCGGGCGUCUGUCGCAUGCACUGCCUGUCGAGAACGGCGGACGAGAUGCGUCGUACCUGCUGGUCAAAGCUCGUGCACGCAGUGCGAUGAGGCUGGGCAGGAGUGUGUCAUCAAGAAUGAUGAUCAGAGGAGAAAACCCGUCUCGAAGGCAUACGUCAGCCAGCUGGAAGAGCACAUCCAGCAGCUGGAGAACGCGCUGCGAGAAAAGGAGGAGCAGUCGGCUCGACUCGAUCAGUUCGAUACUACGAUACCCGACGAGCAUCCUCAUCCCCAUCCUCUUGAGCCGGACCAGCCGGACCCUAUCGACCUCCCCCUCGAAAGCCUCGCAGAUCCGGGUCCUCCGAAGCCCAUCUUCCUAAAGCCUCAACCAGUUCCUGAACGGACUCAACAAGUCCCAGCAGACCCAUUACGUUUCCAGCAGUACCCCGUCUUCGCAGACAGCCCCCCACGCCCCGAACCCAGCAACAACAGUAACAACAGCAAAACCUCCAUGGCCCACCGACUCCUCUCCACGCGCGGCCACGUCAGCUUCGACCAACUCGCCGGGCAACAGCGCUACUUUGGCCCGACGACAAACUGCCACAUCUACCUCGACAUCGCCGCCUCCUCGGACGAAAGCCGCCGACAAGCGCGCGAGCAGGCACGGCGGACACAGCGCGUCCUUUCCGCCCUCCCACAAGACUCACAAGACUACCUCCUGCACCUGUUUUGGACACACUACAACUCCGCGAUCCGGGUCGUCGACCAAGAGGCUUUUGAGGUCGGUCGCGACACCGGUGGAGGCGGACCCUUUUACUCGGGCUUCCUGCACAUCUGCAUCCUGGCUGCGGGAUACCGCUUCGCUGAUAAACAGCGACCGGAUAUGCUGCGUAUUGCGCUACCGGGACGGGAAUCGCUCCUGCACCGCGAGGCAAAGUACAUGCUCGACUACGAGAUGGAGCGGCCAGGCGGUCUCCCCUCGAUCGCUGCGCUGCUCCUCCUCGGCGACCUCGAGGUCGGUUGCGGGCGUGAUAACGCCGGGUGGUUAUAUUCGGGCAUGGCGUACCGUCUCUGCUUCGACGUCGGCCUGCACCUCGACCGCCGAUCGGACUCCUCGGGCCUCUCGGAGCGAGAUAUCGAGAUCGGCCGGAUGACACUCUGGGCGUGCGUGAUUUUCGACAGAUACUGGGCUCUCUUCCUCGGGCGCCCGACGGCGCUGAAGCCGGAUGAUCUCGAGAUCUACGAGCUCUCGCAGCGGUUCGAUCGUCUGGGGACGUCGCCGCCGGGGUCCACGCAGGAUCUCGAGAUGCAGAUCUACCAGGCGCUCUUUGAGCUGAUGGAGAUGGCCGGGAAGAUUACAGCGAUUACACACCCGAGCGUAUCUUCUACGUCUGCGAGGACGGACCAUGAUCGCGUCGUGUAUCUCCGCAUGGCGGCGCUGGAUAGCGAGCUGGAGAAGUGGUACACGCGGUUGCCGGAGGCGUUAAAGUACACAGCUGAGAAUGCAGCUACUGCGCCCCCGUCGUUUUUCCUCCUGCAUCAGCAGUACUACUCUACCAUGAUCAUGCUCCAUCGCCCGUUUGCAGGGUACGACGAUAUCCUUGACGACCGCGGUGCGAGGAAAGUAAUGGACACUGCCAACAUUGGCAGCAGCGGUGGCGCAGCACCCCAAGCCGUGAGGCACCUCUUCGCCCUGUCCCAAAGCACAUGCACCACAUGCGCAGGCCGAAUCGCCCAAAUCUUCUGGCAGCAGCGGCAACGCUUCGAUACGCGCCGGAUCUUCGUGACGGGGUUGCAGCACGCGGGGAACGCAGCAACAGCCCUCGUCGCCGCAAUCGCCUCCUCGACCGACGGCGUCUCGAAUGAUCGCAGCAUGCGCUAUCUGGAAUGCCUCGUCGCCGUGCUAGAGGAUAUGUCCGAGGCGUACCACCCAGCUGAACAGAUGGCUACGAUCUUCAAGGCUGUGCAGCAUGAGCUGAGGGGGUUGCAAGCACAGGCCACGGGACAUCCGCCCAAUCCUGUGCAGAUUGUUCCGGCUCGCCGGAGUAGCUCUGCGGAGUCGGAUCAUGCGCUGGGGCCGUCGAAGAGGGGGCCGUCAAUCAAUAGGCCGCAGACUAGUACUACUGGGGCUCGUGCUGGUGCACAGCAACUGGAACCGCAGUCCAUGUCCUGGCCCGGCGAUGACUCGCUGCUGCAGCUAUCGGCGAUUAUGCCUUCACCCGCCAUGACGUACCAGUCUACGUCUGACAGGCAUGCUACAGCGCGGCGGCCGCAAGAUGCACCGUCUUCUCAUAUGGCCGGGGCAGAUAGCGGCGUUGCGAAUCUCGAUGGCUCGUGGUCCAUCUUCAGUGCGCCGGACCGCUUCGCCAUUGGGAAUGUCAUGAGUACGCAUGACCAGAAUCAAACCCAGAGUCAGGGCCCGCCGUCGCCGUGGCCUGCAGCUGAGACACCAUCAUUCUUUCGCUUUGCGGAUAGUGUGGUAGAAUCCCACGCACAGGGGCAGGCACAGGGUAGUGGUAUGGAUCAUAGCUUUAUGGAUCUGGUAGAGGAUGCUCAGGGGCCCAGAUCUGGAAAUGCGAUAGAUGGAGUCGACUUGUCGAUACCGCAGAAGCCUGCUCAUACACAUACAGCUGACACGGGAUAUUUUUCGUCCAGGGCCAGAACAAGAGGGCAUUCGCGUCUGAAGCGGAAGUCGCCUCCGACAGGGAGGGAGGGGAAUAUCUGGACCGAGAUUCUUACAUGA